AUGCACGCCUCGUGGCUUAUUUUACUCGGCUUUGCGGGCGCAUCGCUCGCUCACGGAGACCAUGGCAGCCAUGAUCAGCGGCCUAUGGUCGACGAGAAUGCAGAUUGGAUUACGAAGCAUAUGGCCGAGGAGCACCACGCCGAGAACUUCGAUGCCGCCUCAUUCUUUGCCCUGCACGAUUUCGAUUCGGACGGACAGUGGGAAGCCGAAGAGAUCUUGCGCACAUACGGCUUGAUGGACGAGUCCAACAAGGACGUCACGCAAGCACGGAGGGAUGAAAUAGCAGCGGAGGCAAUGAGACUGCUGGAUACAAAUAACGACAAUUCCGUCAGCAGGGAAGAAUGGCAGAGCUUCAUCGCCUCUGGCAAAACGCUCCCCGACAUGGGGACUGGGCCUGGCCACCAUGGUGACGAUGAGUACGAAUACGAGAUCCACCAUUGGGAGAAGUAUCACGAUGAAAAUACCAAACUUGAAGACCUUACGCAUCCUGAAGACAUUGAACACUUCAAGAAGCACGAGGAGAUGGAGGAGGAGCAGGAGCGUAUUGAGGAGCUCGCGAAACGCAGCAUAGUUGAGGAGAACAUCCCGAGCAAGUUUAGGAGACAAUCAUGA